UGGCACCGGCGCGGCUACGCGCAACCCCUGGAGCUGCGUAGGGGGGGAGAGUGGUCGUGCUGCGCCGGCGCCCCCAUAGGCCGAUAUUCCGGCGCCUGCGUGCCUCUGCAUCUCGCGAUAGCCUCAGUCGUCGCUGGGCAGUCGUCACCAGGAUGUAGUCAGGACGGGGCAGAACAGCAGCUCGCGAGAAUGGCGAUGAAUGGCUCACCUCAGCGACAGGAACAGCAGCAGCAGCAGCAACAACAACAGCAACAACAGCAGCAGCAGCAGCAGCAGCAGCAGCAACAGUCGAAUGACGAGUCCGUGGCGUCGACCAGCUCGGCGAGGAACAGUCUGGGCAUCGAGCUCAGCGACGACGAGGAGUGGAACAGCCUCGUCGAAAGGGCUGUUCUCGAGCGAAGCAAGCCGGACCGGCGCGGCGACGACCAGCGCAGGAGGCGCACCAUCAUCGUCGAGAAGAAGAACGGCACGUACGGGUUCACGCUGCAGAGCUACGGCAUCCACUACAAGCGCGAGCAGGAGAUCGAGAUGCUCACCUACGUGGACUACGUGGAGUACGACGGGCCGGCGUUCAAGGCGGGCAUGCGGGAGGGCGACGUGAUCGUCUCGAUCAACGGGCAGGACAUGGAGAGCGCCGACCACAAGAGCCUGGUGAACUUCAUCAAGAAUUGCGACGCCAGGAUGCGCAUGGUGGUCUGCUUCAAGGACUGCGUCAGGAAGGUCGAGCUGCACAUGCGCUACAUCGAGCUGCAGCGCGCGCUGCAGAGCCGCCUGGCCGAGCUGGAGCGGCUGUGCGAACGCGAGCGCUCGGUGCUGAUGGGCCGCUGGAAGACGCACUCGCUGCCGGCGAGGAAGCGCCACCCCAGCGCCCAGGUGGAGACGCUCGUCGAGCCGAUCGCCUCGGCGAGCAGCCUGGGCCCAUCGGCGGGGGCGCAGUCGUGCUGUCGGCCCGCCUCCUCCACCGAGCAUCUGCUGCUGUACAGCGUGUACGCCGAUGGCCGCUCGUACUUCAUUCCGCGGAACACCGCCUGCCUGGUGGCGAUAGGACCACCGCGCUCGCGCAGCGACCAUCACCACUUCUUGUCCAACGCUUCGGUGGAGUCGGCGGCGACGGCCGGCUCCACGGCCACGUCCACCUCCUCGAGGCACAGCUACCACCAAGCUAACGGCCUGUGCAACAGCACACCAUCCAAGAGCAAAGACAGAGCGUCGUCGCACGCCAAUGCCAAGUCCGCUCAGCAGUCGCAGUGUAAAAAUCAGCAGCAGCAGCAGUCGGAGAAUAGAAUUCUGUACCCGAGCGCUCGGAAUCUGUGCGUGGCAUGUAUAUCAAGUGCAAGACGACGCGAGAGGCCAAACGAUAACGGCAGCCUGGACGCUUACGAUUUGGCAGGAAGUCCGUGCUGCGAUCCGAACUGCGUGCCAACACGACGGAGACGAGACAAGCAUCGGAGGUCGAGACACGAGCAGGGCUCCCAGACACAUCAGCAUCAAGUAUGGCAUCGCCAUCUGCAGCAGCAGCAGCAGCAGCAGCAGCAGCAGCAGCAGCAACAGCAGCAACAGCAGCAACAGCAGCAACAGCAGCAACAGCGCGAGCAACAGCACAGCCAAUGCACGCGAGCAUCGGGUCACAGCUUGCAUUCACUGGCGAGCAGCGAAAUGUCGUCAACUGGUGGCGAUCAAACGGUCGCCUCGUGUUCCACCUCGUUGAGCACCGACACUCUCUACUGGGACCCGAACGUCCAGCAUCGACCACCGCCUUGCUUGCAGUACGCCAAGCCCAAGUCCUGGGAUAAUCUCACCACCAAAGCCUUCGGUGGCUACGGCUUCGGCUACGGCUACCUCGACACCGCCAAAAGUACUCAUAGUGCCGAACGACCCGCCAAAACUGGGAAUUCCCAUCAUCGGGCGAAAACGUCGACGUCCCAGUCGUCUCAGCGUCGCUCCACGGGCACGCAAAUUUACUCGAGCCGCAGCCACUUCCAACCGACGAAAUCCACGGAAAGCCUACUAAUUACAACGACAACGACAGCGAUAUACCCCGGGGAAUUGGACGCGACGUUAAGCUGCGAAUGCCUCGAUGGACCAAAUCCUCGUUUCGUCACGGUCCAAAUGGAGAAGCAGCACAAGAGCAGUGGACAUCAUCGCAGGUCCAGCUCGACAAAGCAGCGUAACUCGGUCAACGGAUCCGAGAUCACUAGGCUGUGAACUUGACCUUUUCUUUUUCACCAUUAAUGUUAUUUCGUUUUUUCUGUACUGCCAAUUUUUAUUGUACAUUGUACAUUGUAUAACGCCUAUUCGUACGUAUCUAUUGGAAUAAAAUGCUUUACAGA